GGCAGGAGUGAAUUAGUUAUUAUAAAGAGGGACCCUAAGGCUAAGUGCAGAGGCUACUCUGCAGAUUUGUACAUAAAAACGCUCUGCCAGGGCCUCCUACCUUACUAUAGGCCUAGGCAGAUCUUUAUGCAAGAUAACGCUCUUAUUUACAACGCUUAA